AUGCCGGGGGGAAAACGAGGGCUGGUGGCACCUCAGAACACAUUUUUGGAGAACAUUGUCAGACGUUCAAGUGAAUCAAGCUUCUUACUGGGAAAUGCACAGAUUGUGGACUGGCCUGUAGUAUACAGUAAUGACGGAUUCUGUAAACUUUCUGGAUUUCACCGAGCUGACAUCAUGCAGAAGAGUAGUACUUGCAGCUUCAUGUAUGGGGAACUGACAGAUAAGAAGACCAUUGAGAAAAUCAGGCAGACUUUCGAUAACUACGAGUCAAAUUGCUUUGAAGUCCUUCUAUACAAGAAAAGCAGAACCCCGGUUUGGUUUUAUAUGCAGAUAGCUCCCAUAAGUAAUGAACACGAUAAGGUCGUUUUAUUCCUUUGUACUUUCAAAGAUAUUACGUUAUUCAAGCAACCGAUCGAAGAUGAUUCUACGCGAGGAUGGACAAAAUUUGCCCGCUUAACUCGCGCAUUGACGAACAGCCGCAGUGUUUUACAGCAGCUGACUCCUAUGAACAAAGCAGAAGUGGUCCACAAACAUUCCAGAUUAGCAGAAGUUCUACAGCUGGGAUCAGACAUCCUUCCUCAAUACACAGAAGCACCAAAGACGCCACCACACAUUAUAUUGCACUAUUGUGCUUUCAAGACCACCUGGGAUUGGGUGAUCCUAAUACUGACCUUCUACACUGCAAUCAUGGUUCCUUACAAUGUCUCCUUCAAGACGAAGCAGAACAACAUUGCCUGGCUGGUGCUGGACAGUGUGGUGGAUGUCAUUUUCCUUGUUGAUAUAGUUUUGAACUUUCACACAACUUUUGUUGGACCUGGAGGAGAAGUAAUUUCAGAUCCCAAACUUAUAAGAAUGAACUACUUGAAAACGUGGUUUGUCAUUGACUUACUGUCUUGCUUACCAUAUGAUAUCAUCAAUGCCUUUGAAAAUGUGGAUGAGGGCAUCAGCAGCCUCUUCAGCUCUCUAAAGGUGGUACGACUCCUGAGACUAGGCCGUGUGGCCAGGAAAUUGGACCAUUAUUUGGAAUAUGGUGCUGCAGUGCUGGUUCUCUUGGUCUGCGUAUUUGGACUUGUUGCCCAUUGGCUAGCCUGUAUUUGGUAUAGUAUCGGGGACUAUGAAGUUAUCGACGAAGCCAACAACACAACCAAGAAUGAAAGCUGGCUUUACCAACUGGGAAUAAGUAUUGGUAGUCCUUAUCGAUAUAACGCCUCUGGCACAGGGCAAUGGGAAGGUGGACCCAGUAAGUACUCAUUGUACAUAUCAUCUCUCUACUUUACCAUGACAAGCCUUACAACUAUUGGAUUUGGAAACAUUGCUCCAACAACUGAUGGAGAGAAGAUAUUUUCUGUUGCAAUGAUGAUGGUUGGCUCUCUCCUUUAUGCAACUAUUUUUGGAAAUGUGACCACCAUUUUCCAGCAAAUGUAUGCCAACACCAACCGCUAUCAUGAGGUGCUGAAUAACGUGCGCGACUUCCUAAAGCUCUAUCAAGUUCCUAAAGGCCUUAGCGAGAGGGUCAUGGAUUACAUUGUAUCAACGUGGUCCAUGUCGAAAGGCAUUGAUACAGAAAAGGUUCUUGCAAUAUGUCCCAAGGACAUGAGAGCAGACAUCUGUGUGCAUCUGAACAGGAAAGUUUUUAAUGAGCAUCCAGCUUUCCGUCUUGCUAGUGACGGCUGCCUACGUGCUUUGGCAGUGGAGUUUCAAACAAUUCAUUGCGCUCCAGGUGAUCUCAUCUACCAUGCCGGCGAAAGUGUGGAUGCUCUCUGUUUUGUGGUGUCAGGAUCACUGGAAGUCAUCCAAGAUGAAGAAGUGGUAGCCAUACUAGGGAAGGGGGAUGUGUUUGGAGAUGUAUUCUGGAAGGAGACCACUCUUGCUCAUGCCUGCGCCAAUGUACGAGCGCUUACCUACUGUGAUCUACACAUCAUCAAGAGAGAAGCUUUGCUGAAAGUCCUAGACUUCUACACGGCCUUCGCUAACUCCUUCUCCAGGAACCUCACAUUGACCUGCAACCUGAGAAAACGGAUUGUAUUCCGUAAAAUCAGCGAUGUAAAGAAAGAAGAGGAAGAGCGACAGCGGCAGAAGAAUGAGGUGACUCUCACCAUCCCUGUAGACCACCCCGUCCGGAAGCUGUUUCAGAAAUUCAAACAGCAGAAAGAGUUACGAAACCAAGGCUCGGCACAGAGCGACCUGGAAAGAAACCAAAUCCAAGUGGAGAAUCGUCCCGUGCACAAUGGAGCUGUUAUUACUGGCACCAGCGUAGUAACGGUGUCCCAGAUAACCCCCAUUCAGACGUCUCUUUCUUAUGUCAGAACCAGCGAGUCACUGAAACAGAACAACAGGGAUGUCAUAGAACUCAAGCCAAAUGGCAACAGCGACCCAAAUUGUCUUAAAGUGACCAGCCCCAUCCGCAUGAAGAACGCUAAUGCCAAGGGUUGGCUGCGACUAAAGAACAACAUGCAGGCUCAAGAGGAGAAGAAAGAGGAUUGGAAUAACGUCACAAAGGCAGAAUCCAUGGGCUUGCUCUCGGAUGAUCCUAAAUGUGCCGAUCCGGAAGGUGGGGUGUCUAAAAAUCCCUUGAGGAAAACAGACUCUUGUGACAGCGGUAUCACAAAAAGUGACCUUCGUUUAGACAAAGCAGGAGAAACCCGUAGUCCACUUGAACAUAGUCCGAUCCAAGCUGAUGCAAAGCACCCUUUUUACCCUAUCCCCGAACAGGCCUUACAGACCACGCUGCAAGAGGUUAAACACGAGCUCAAGGACGACAUUCAGUCCCUAAGCUGUCGCAUGACCGCCCUUGAACAGCAGGUGGCGGAAAUCCUAAAACUGUUAUCGGAACAGAAAACGCCCCCUACUCCACCGAAAACACCCUCCAGCCCCCUCCAAAUACAGUGUCAGGAUAUUUUUAGUGUUUCAAGGCCGGUGACCCCGGAUUCUGAAAAGGAUGAGAUUCAAGUAUAA